AUGGGAUAUAAUCCAUUCUUGCCCACUGCAGGCGCAAGGAUCAACACACUAUGCGUUCCCAUCGGCCACGUCCAUCCUGAUCGCUUCCAGGACUUCAUCAAGAUUUUGCGGACUGCUUCAGUUGUUAAGCUCAAGGUGAUCAACACCAGCAAUCGCCAGCGUAGGUUGAUAGGCAAUUUUCUAGUUUCGCUGAGAAGCAGCGUUGCUAACUAUGCUCGCAAUUCAGACACCGAAGAUGGAUCAAUCUUCUUUGAUUUGGCCGCGAACCAAGAUGCUUCCCGGGCUGACAUGUUUCCUCUCGAGCCGAAUGGAAAGUGCCAGGUUCUGCUAGGUCUGGUAGAUGGUAAGCGGCUUGCCCACUCAACUGAGAGCGGAAAUGCUACGGCAAAUGGCGAUUCAACAACACUGGAAAGUAUCAGGGCUCAGUUCGCCGAGCCAAUAAUCAAUGUGCCUGGGCUUGUCGUGCGCCAGUUAGUAAUCUUUCAUGGAGACCACACAUUUAUGGAUGACUCCGACAUUCUCCACGUGCCUGAGACUGAUGGCGACGAGGCUGCAUUUGACACCAUGGUCCGACUAUCAGAGAGAUGGACUGGAGGAAUCGCGGACCUGCUGAAAUCUCUCAGAGACAAGCCAAUUACUAUGGUUCCCGUUGGGAGUUCUCAAGGUUUUCCUCGCAUUUCUAGGACUCUUGUGCCGACAAUACCAGAAGGGUCUUCUACACCGGUCUCGGCCAAGUCUUCCAGUCCAAUAUCUGCCUUCAAUGAGCCUGAGGUUCAGAGUGACACCUCAAGGGGGCGUUUCAGCAUCAUUCGAGGCAUGUACAGUCUUCAAAGCGGUCUUUGGCUAGAUGCCAUGGAUUCCUUAUCGGAAGGAGCUACACUUGCACUUGAGAAUCAAGACCACCUAUGGCAUGGCAAAGCUCUGGAAUGCUUACUUGUCUCGAUGCUUCUCUUGUCAUGGUCAAACGUAGAUUACACCGUUCCCCAAAUCUGUCGCUCACUUCCCAACAGAAGCGGAAUAUUUGGUGCGGACGGGACAACACAAUCAGCAGGCUCGUUGAAGACUCUUGCUCAGCUUGUCCCACCACUAGUCGAAACCAUCCUGGAAUCAUAUGCCAAAAUUUCGAACCUAGAUCUGGGAGGUUCACUACAGGAUUUGCUAAGAGAGUCUCGUGUGAGGCAUGUGAAUCUAUUGGUGACCAUCAAAGGCGCAGGUUGCAUUCUAAACCGGAACAUUCUCGAUUAUUUGGUCUCCGCUCGUGACCAGAGCCUUGAUAAGCCUUUAGAAUUUGAAGGAGAAUUCGUCUCUAUAUCCAGAGCUGGGCUUGCUAACAUUCUGAUUGAGACACUUCAAACCUCUCAGUCAAGCAAUAAUUUGUCGCAUUAUACGAGUAUGUUGGUUGCUGUGGCAAGCAGCCUGUCCAUUUUGGGGCUGGAACGAAAGCAUGCGUUUUAUCUCAAGCAGCUUAUGCAGCAGUUCGCUCCCAAACUUGUUGAAGCACGUAAACUUGGCGCUUCCGAAGUCGGUGUACAUCCUGCCGCAGGACUUCCUUCGCUUAGCAAUGCACAGCAAGGUGUUAUUCCAGAGAUGGUUGUUGGAACGAGAAUCAUGCUAAGCCUUGCGGCAAGCGCUUAUGGAGUUGCCUUACCACCUGUUCCAUCCCCGCUAGACCGAAGAGCUGCAGAUAUAAGUGACAUUCGAGACAAGCUGUCCAUUUGGGCUAUUGAGCAGAGCUCUGGCGACAUUCUCCUCAAGAUUGAAAUGCUUCGGGUAUGUGUAGGUGUUUGUGAAGCCCUACCGGACAUACCAGCUGGCCUGCAUUUUACUUCAAAUAUCCUCCGCGCUUCGAGGCAAACAGUGACGAUGCCAAUGCAGUCGAAGCCACCAGUUCCAAUAAUCUCGACCGAGGAACAAGUUCGGCUCCUGGAGAGCAUGAGACGAGCCGUGUCUGCAGCCUCCAGACUUGGUGCGGAUGGCUAUCGAGCUGAAUACUGGGAUGAUUUCCUGGUGCGAGAUAUACAGAUAUUCGAGAAAGAUACUUUUUCCACGCUUAUCGCGCAUAAGCCAAGUGAUUUGUCCAUUCGAACCAGUGGGUUUGCUGACACUGUUCGAGAUCCAUUCAUCUACAACCCUUUCUCUAAGGACAAACAUGUGCCGAGUGCUCCUGUCCUUAUUGCUGGUGAAUUGGCAACGUUUGCGGUCGUACUCCAAAAUCCUCUCGAGAUCGAGGUCGAUAUUGAAGAGAUCUCUCUGAUCACCAAAGGCUCAGCGUUUCAGUCUUCUCCACAUGGCAUCGUGCUCGGGCCUUUUUCAAUUCAGACUUUCACUUUAAAUGGAAGACCAACUGCCAACGGCGACUUGGAGGUGAUUGGCUGUCGGGCUAGGAUACGCAAUUGCUACGAACAAGAGUUUCUCACUUUCGUAGAUGAUUGGAAGAUACCACUUAAGCACAAGCCAAAAGCGGUGUUCAAACCUCGAUUUCGAACUCGUCUGAAGGAAAUGGCCGACGAAAUUUCUGCCGAUCGUGCGAUUGUGUUGUUUGAGCCCCCGGCACCAGCAGAUCUAAAAUUGAGGGUUAUCAAUGCUCAACCCCGUUUGAUAGUGAAGUCCAGCACCCUGGACCAGCCGUCUAUGAUGCUGCUGGAGGGAGAGAGCCGCUCAUUUACUCUGACCCUGACCAACACUAGUGCGACUGUUGCAGCUGACCUUCUUCUCAUAACUACAGAUGAUUCUGUCAUGACCCAGCUUCAGGAGGCCCUUUCUAAUAAAGACUUGAAUCCGGUUGAGAUUUUCGAAGUUCAGUCGCAGAUAGCGAACAAGCCCGCAAUCUCGGUCAGGAAGAGAGAUGGUCCUUACGCGGAAACUCUCCUUCUACCGAACCGAGACAUCAGUUACACUGUCGAGGUUACUGGACGACCAGGGCUCAUCAGCGCAGCAGUUCAUGCAGAUUACGCCUAUUUGGGGUCUCCAUCACCUGAAGUCAGGGACACUUUCUAUACUAGGCAAAUCAGAUUCCCAAUCGCAAUAACUGUGAAUGGCAGCAUUGAACUCCCACGUUGCAACAUUCUGCCAAUCCAUGGAGAUUUUGCAUGGCACCAUGGCAGCCAACGGGAAGAGAAACAGGAUGCGUCAAAUGCCAACGUUAGCGGCGUCGCUGCCUCUAAAUCAGGACAGCAGUCGAAGAUUCACCACUGGCUUCAAGAUCUAGCUCAUACUAGUGACUAUUGUAUGCUGUCGUUAGAUUUGCGAAAUGUGUGGCCCCAACCAUUGUCCAUCAGCAUACAAGCGAGGAAGUUGCCUAACACCGACCAGGACGACGAGGAACUAUCUUGGCAAAAUGCAUACACAGUUCAUGACACUUUACAGCCCGGUAUUGUCACAAGAGUGGUGCUGCUGCUCCCGCGUCUAUUUGUGGAAGACCCAUACAUCCCUGUACCAAACCUAGAUACGCAGAAACAAUUCGUCGUCUCAAAAUCCAAAAUGAGUACGGAAGCAGAAGCUUCUAGUAGGGAGUCCUUCUGGUAUCGAGAGUUGCUCCUGAAGUGCUUACGAGGUACAUGGAUCGAAACGAGUUCUGGACGACAUGGGGAGAUCGACCUAAGAAAGGGUAUUAGAUUAAGUCCGCGUAUGGUUGAAGCUUUGAAAGUGGACCACGUCAACAUUGACUACGCGAUCACUCUCUGCCAGAGUGGUGAGAACUCUAAUCGCGGUCCGAGCGUACCAAUCAAGCAAAUAGGAAGAUCACACUUUGUCGUUCAGAACGAAACUUUUGCGACGUUGAAGGUGAGAGUUCAUAAUCACACCCAGGAUACAUUGCAGCUACUCCUCCGGCUCCAGCCAUCCCUCCGGCAUCAACCGCAUAAUAUUGCGCUAGACCUUUCGAAGCGAUUCGCUUGGUCGGGCGUGCUGCAACGUCCGUUGCGUCCAGCAAUAGAACCCGGUGGUGUCUGUGAGACCGAGUUGGGGAUCAUUGCGCUGGUCGAAGGCAACUACGACAUAAAUGCUUCCGUGGAGGAGAUCAAAGCUCGGCAGAAAAGGACGCCAGGGAAGACAUUAGAUGCAGUCGGUGGUGGCGGUGUCGAGCGAAGAAUAUGGCAGGCUAGAUCUCCCUGCCUUAUCGACGCCUUGAGUGCAUAG